UCCUCAGUUUCACCCGAAAAUUCCUCGGCUCCUCUACAGAAGCAAUAUUUCUUCUUGGAGAAAAGAGGGAAAGUAACUAAGAGAAAGAAGAUAUGAGGGCCUCAUCAUCUAGCUCGUACAAACUCUCUGGGUCCAUCGUGUGGUGGAUCUUGAUGGUGGCGGUGGUAGUCGCGGCGGCAGGCGGCGGUGGGGUGGCGGCGGCGGUCACUUGCAGCCCAUUGCAGCUGAGCUCGUGCGUGUCGGCGAUCAGAUCGUCGACCCCGCCGUCGAAGCUGUGCUGCACCAAGAUCAAAGAGCAGAGGCCCUGCCUGUGCCAGUACAUGAAGAACCCGGCGCUGAAGCCGUAUGUGAACACCCCUAACGCCAGGAAGGUCGCCUCAACUUGUGGGACCCCCUUCCCCAAGUGCUGAUUAGUGGGUCGGUGAGAGAUCUAAAUAUGGGGGGUGGAGUAAUCAACUAAUUAAUGUUUUCUGAUUAGCAAGCAAGUAUGGCUCUGUUUUGUGAGUGGAUGUGAUGUUGCUAUAUAUGUGUGUGUAGGUAAUUAGGUAUGGUGGGGAACUGGGAAUAAGUUGAAGUGGAGCACUAGCAGACGCAGUAGUGGUGAAUGGAGGAGUGGGUAAAAUAAAAUGUUGGUGGAAGGCAGGGGAUUCAAUGGCUAGCUCACCACUAUUGUCAUUCUCGUUUCUUCUGAUCUCUUCAUCUUUCUGUGUAAUUCUCCUUAUAUUUGUAUCUGUUCAAUCAUAAAUGGUCUAAUAAUUUGGGAAUUCAGCUUAUUUUUUACUUGCGAGAGGGCGCUUAAAGGAUUUAAGGAUGUAAUUUUAAACUAAUUUUCAACCUUAAACUAGUUUGCUCUCUGUUUUCGGCGAUGGCGUCCAAACGUAUUUUGAAGGAAUUCAAGGAUCUACACAAGGAUCCUCCAAUCUCAUGCAGCACUGAAUUUUGUCAUGGAUUCCUAGGAAUAGAUUUUUACCCCGCCGUAUUAGGCGGUCCCAGCUGGAGAAUUUCAGCCGUCGGUCGGUGUCGUGAAUCGUGAUUGUGUAUAUCCCCUUCGGCCGGCGGCUAUAUUGAUUGAUGAUUUAGGCGUAUUAUUGUAUAUAUAUGACGACGGCGAGGACUUUGGCUUUAGGUUUUCUGGUAAUGGAAUUGCUGUUGUGUCCUGUCGGAUGGGGUUUUGUUCUCUGUUUCCCGGUCAGCGAGCGACGGCCAAACGGCGACACCGCCGGAAAAGUUCCAUGAAUUCGGCUCUAAUGCACAAUUAAGUGCUACUUUGUCGGUUACACACCGAGGAAUGGGGUCUCCACCGUUUCUCUACCCACUACUGUGAGAAUAAUGACAACAUUAAUCU